GCUGCGGUGGGGAGGGUGCUGACGUGCAUGCUGGGGGCGGCUGCCUCGCCAGCUGACGGCGCCAACAGCGGCAGGAGCGGCAGCGGCACCGGUGGUGUCGGUAGCAUUGGCAACGGAGGCGGUUUCAGGGCAGGUGGCAGCAGCAAUACCAGUAUCAGCAGUAGCAGUAGCAGCACCGUUAACAGCAGCAGUGGGGUGUUGGAGGAGUUGAGGCUGCAAGUGGGAGGUGGUGGGUCGCUGAUGCUGGCGGAUGCGGCGGCGGUGGCGGCGCUGCCCGGGCUCAGGAAGCUGCAGGUCUCCUGCCAGCACGGCACACUGGCGGACUACACCCUCACUCGCAUGCUCUCCCCCUCCACACCCCUACCCUCCUCCUCCUCCUCCUCCUACCCCGCCUCCUCCACCCCCACCCUCACCUGCCUCUCCCUGCGGCUACCCGCCUCGCCCCUCUCCCUCUC